CUAUUCUCUUUCUCUUUCUUUUUCUCUUUCUUUCAGUUAACCAGAAAGUAGAAAACAACAACAAUGAAACUCACAACAUUCUGAUGAUUGGAAACGUCAACAACAUGAGCUUACAAAUUGAUCCAACAAUUAAUUGAUUCUAAUUUUUUGUUACUCUUUAAGUGUCUCAAAAUUUCACAAUUAACUUGAUCAACUGUUCAACAAUCAACUUGAUUUCACUUUUCUUCAUUUUCGAUAACCAUUUCGGUUCAACAAACAUUUCAAUUUGUUCAUUUUUUUUCAGUUUCUUCUUUUCUCCCAUAAAUUCAAAUUCUCUUGUCACAUUUACCUGUUUACAUCAUCAUCUUCAUCAUCAAUAUCUUUUACAUCUUUACCUUAAUCAUCUUCAUCUUCUGUUUCUUUAACAUUAACCAUCAACAUUGUCAUUGUUUCUUUUUUUUUCUUCUGUUCUUUUCUAUAUGUUGAUUCCUCCAUAUUGGAUUAUUUUGUCUUCUUCAUUUCUUCGCCCAAUUGUAACAGUCAACCUGUUGAUUUAAUGUCUACUUAAUUGUCACCUAGUCUUUUCAAUUUAUAAUCAUCAUUGAUCAUCAUUUAAUUUGUUCUUCUUUUCUAAUUAAAUUAUGAUCACAGUGAUAUCCAUCUUUCAAUGUAAAAGGUAUUACCUUGUUUCUAUUGACAAGGUGAUUACCAGUUUUAUUAACUGUUCAUGUAAAAAGAUCAGCAAAUCAUUUUGGAGAGCAAAUGAUCAACAAUUUACUCUCUUUCUAUUUUCCUUUUAUUCUAAACAAUUAAUGAAUCACUGAAUUUGUACGAUAAUCACCAAGCCUUUAUUCUAGUCUCAUCAUCAUCUUCUCUUCUUCUUCUUGUUCCAUCUUCUUCUUUUUCUUUCAUUUAAUCGAUUCACCACCUACACAUGAAUGGUUAGGAUGAUGACGUGUUUCUACGAUGUGAUUUAAAUACAAUGGAUGAUACGGAUGAAACAUGUUCUAAUCCUAGUUCACUUGGAUACAAUUCAUUAUCAUCUCAAAGUGAACCAUUAACCUCGUUAAUCAGUGAUGCAGGAAUUUAUUCACUUUGUGGCCUCACUGCGCUCGCUUUUUGUCAAUUAUUUCCCGACGAAUGGGACCAGCAAUUCCGUGAGGAUACGUUGGAAUCUCUCAUUAAGCAUCUCGGACUUCCCUUGCAGAUUAAAAACUCAAUGAAUGCCCUCAUGUCCGGUGAAGGGGGAGAUAUUAACGCUUUCGCUAAUCUGCUCAGGGAAGAGAAAAUUUUACAAACAACUUGUUUAAAAGUAAUUGAAGAAUUGGUACUUUUUGCAGUUCGAGAAGAAUCAGGUGAAAAGAAACAAGGAGUUUAUGAUUCUCGAAUGCGAGUUCUAGUUCUUUAUGUAGCUAAUGUUCUUGGAGUUCCUGUUCAAUUGGUUGAACUUUUCGAGGAAUCAGUGAUUGAAAUGUUAACCAAUGAUGUUCCGUCCGAAAGUGAGGAAGAUGUUAAGGAGAAAGCUAAACGUCGUCGUAAUAAAAAGAUUAAAAGAUAUUUUAUGAUCGGAUUAGCUGGAUUAGGUGGUGGAGCGAUUAUCGGGUUAACUGGUGGUUUGGCAGCGCCUUUUGUGGCCGCUGGUGCCGGUGCUAUUAUCGGUGGUGCGGGUGCUGCUGCUCUCGGAUCAACGGCAGGUAUUGCUGUGAUUGGAUCACUUUUCGGUGUCGCUGGUGCUGGUUUAACGGGCUACAAGAUGAAAAAACGAGUUGGAGAUAUUGAAGAGUUUGCCUUUGACAAAUUGUCCGAUGGUCGUGAGUUACACAUAACCAUUGCCGUUUCCGGUUGGAUUUCAGAAGAAGGGCCUAAAGCAUUUCAAGAGCCUUGGCGAACACUUCAAAACACUAGAGAACAAUAUUGUAUUCGUUAUGAAUCUGCGUUCCUUUUAGAACUUGGUCGUGCCCUUGACUAUUUCCUCGGUUUCGCUGUUUCAGUAGCAGCUCAGGAAGCUCUUAAAUACACUAUUCUUUCAGGUAUAAUGGCGGCAAUCGCCUGGCCCACUUCACUAGUUACUCUUGCCUCCGUCAUUGAUAAUCCUUGGGGUGUUUGUAUCCGUCGCUCUGCUGAAGUAGGAAAACACUUGGCAGAAAUCCUUAUUUCUCGGCAACAAGGACGUAGACCAGUUACUCUUAUCGGUUUCUCUCUUGGUGCUCGAGCCAUUUUUUAUUGUUUACAAGAAUUAGUCUCUCGAAAAGGCUCCGAGGGUAUAAUAGAAGAUGUCAUCCUACUCGGUGCUCCCGUCGCUGGUAAUGCUCAACAAUGGAAACAAUUUUCUCGUGUGGUCUCUGGUCGUGUGGUGAACGGCUAUUGUAGAGGUGAUUGGCUUCUCAAAUUUCUCUAUCGAACCUCAACGGCUACGCUUAAAAUCGCUGGACUUGCACCAGUUGAUUGGAAAGAUCGACGAAUGUGUAAUAUUGAUCUAAGUGAAAUUGUCUCUGGUCAUAUGGAUUAUUAUAGGAAAAUGUCUUCCGUUUUAAAAGCGGUUGGUGUUCGUACAAAAGAAAGGACGAAAAGAAAAGCCGAAUCGCUUUAUAUGAAAAAGUGUCUCUCCGAUUUGCCAAUUAAAGAUUACCCUGAUGAUUCAAUUGAUCCAGUUGAUCUAAUCAAAUAUUUUCCAGAGAUUCGUCUAUCAAUAUCAGAGCCCAAUUUACAAUCAAUUAGUCGGAAAUUUAAACUCGCUGCUAAUGAUGAUGAGACGAAUGAUGAAGCUCGAGCAAAUAUUAUCUCUCAAAUAUCGAAUCUUCGACGCACACAUUCAAUGGACAGUAUUUCCUCUCGAUCUUAUAGUCGAUCAUCUGGAGUGGCCUUUACCCCGUCAUCUUCCGCUUCCGAUUAUAAUCUAAUGAAAAUGUCUGCAUCUCGUUCAUUUAAUCAAACAUUUGAUUCACUUGCUGAACAAGACACAGAAAAUAGUUUCUCAUCCAAUUCAUCAAUCAAAGAGACUAAAAGCUAAUUUCGUAUCAUUUUAGUGAUUAAAAACUCAUCUAUUUUAAUCGUCAUCAAUUUCAUCAUCACCGCUUAAAAACAAUCAUUCAAAUCAAAGGAGUAAAAAAACUAAUACACACAAAUAACUUAAAUCUAAUCCAAUUGAAAAAAGAGAUUAACUUUUUUGGAUAAACUCUUUCGAUACAAAUUGCUAAUAAUCAACUUAAUUACAUAAUCAAAAGGAAUAUAUUGAGAUUAUUGUUCAACUGUAAAAUUUUAUUUAUCCAAUAUUUUUGUAUUCUUUCUGAACAAUUAUAAUUGUAUGAUUAUAAUAAUUAAAAGCUUUAUGAUUCA